UUACCCCAGCUGAGGAUGGGUCGUGGCAUUGUUCAUUGUUCUGGAACACUCUAGAACCUCCAGGCAAGGGCUGGAGCCAGGGCUGCAGAGCAUUCCUUGGUCCAGCUGGGGCAGCCCUGCCCCACCCCCCUGUGGUCCUCAUGUGGAGGCUGGCACUAGGCGGGGUUUUCCUGGCAGCCGCCCAGGCCUGUGUCUUCUGCCGCCUCCCAGCCCACGACUUGUCAGGCCGCCUGGCUCGGCUCUGCAGCCAGACGGAGGCCGGGCAGAAGGAAUGUGGGGCCUCCCCGGACUUCUCGGCCUUUGCCUUAGAUGAGGUGUCUAUGAACAAAGUCACAGAGAAGACUCACAGAGUCCUGAGGGUCAUGGAGAUCAAAGAGGCUCUUUCCUCACUCCCUUCAUAUUGGAGAUGGCUUCAAAACACCAAGCUCCCUGAGUACACAAGGGAAGCUCUCUGUCCCCCGGCCUGCCCGCUGCCCCUGCUGUCUCCUGCAGGGGGCAGCACCGUGCUGUACAACUGCUCUACCUGCAAGGGGACCGAGGUGUCCUGCUGGCCUCGAAAGCGCUGCUUCCCAGGAAGUCAUGAUCUUUGGGAAGCCAAGAUUCUGCUCCUCUCCGUCUUCGGAGCUGUCCUGCUUCUGGGUGUUCUGAGCCUCCUGGUGGAGUCUCACCACCUCCAAGCAAAAAGUAGCUUAUGAAGACACUGAAAACCUCCCAGCCUCCAGCUCUAAGGAGUGUGCACUCCCAACUUCCACAUCCCUUGGAGGGGAACCAGCCAGCCCCUUAGUCCCAGCUCCAAAGACAGUCUUCCAGAUCCUAAAACCCAGACAUCCCUGCUUCUGGUUGGUGAGAUAAUGCAAAAACAAGAAAAUCCCAAAAAACCCAGACAUCCCCACAAUCCCAGGUCUGACGGCCUCCCAGGAACCCAGGCACCCACAGCUGGAAAGUUCCUCCCCUCUGGCCCUCAACCAAUCAGACAGCGCUGUCAACAAUGCCAGGAAAAUAUCUACAGAAGGAAAGAAUCCCCUACACCACUCCCACCACGCCCACACCCCCUUCUGCCUGUUCCCGGAAAGUGGGGGCGACUGCCCCAGAAGCGACUCCAGGCCCUCUUGUGACUGAUUGGGAAUCCAGGAAUGCGUGUUCUGGAAAACUCACUCCGCUGGAGUGAGACCACAUCAGUUGGUUCGCUGGCAUCCCUCCCUCCAUCGUGUUAACACAGUGAAACCCUGGCCUUCCUCAGAGGCCUCUGUCCUGCCAGGCCCAACUAAACCUGCUGUUCACGGUCUCUGCCCCUGCCUGGCCUCUGUCUGCAACUGGAGAGGGCAGAGGAAAAAUGGGAGACUCUCAGAGUAGCACAGUGCAUCUCAGAUGGGGGUGAUUUUGCACCCCAGUACACAUUUUGCAACAUCUGGAGUGGUUUUGUAUUGUUUUGACUUGGGGAUGUGUCACUGGC